AUGGUUCAAAACUUUAUUCAUUUACCUGAACAUAGGCAAUGUGUGCUGCACCUUUAUCGCCAUACUCUGAGAAACUCUAAGCAAUGUUGUCACUCCCAGCAUCUCAUUAACAGGAUUAAAAAAAUCACUAGACAAACUAUUGUCAAGCAUCGUUACGAUAAAUCAAGUUGGUCUGUGCAUUUCUAUUUACAGAAAUUAUACGAACUCAACCAUUUGUUAAUCCAAAGAGAUGUUAAGACCGUUUGGAAUCUUUUAACGGAUGUAUCCAAAUCCAAAUCUAAAUCCAAAUCCAAGAAAUCAUCGACUCGAAGUUCAAGGAUACUAAAAGCCCUACAAGAUAUCCAUCAAUUGAAACAAGACAAAGGCCUUCAAGAUCCACAAAUUGUUAGAGAAAAAUUGAUUUUAAACAAUUACAUAAAAAGAGAACAGGCUCGAAAUCAUCUUCCGCGGUUUAUUCCUGAAGAAUACAAGACUAAAUUGCUCCUUCCAUUGGCAUUACAUACAGUAGCUAUGGCUAGACUAAAUUCUAUUCAUGGUAAACUGGUUGAAGGUCCACCCAAAGUUUUCUUGACCCAUACGACUCCCAUGGGACACAGGAUAUGGUUUGUUAGAUCUGCCUUCAAUAAGAAAAAGAGACAAUCAAAAACUCUAGGCAUUUUAAUACGAAGAGAGAAGAAUGAAGGUCAUAAACGGUGGGAUUAUCUGCGUCAAUGUAAAUCGAAUGCAUAUUGGGCACAGCAGGAAGCCAAUUGGGAACAACUGAUUGAGAAUAAGAUCGUUCCACAAUUUGAUUUGAACAGAUAUCUUGAUUCACAAAGCAUAGGUAAGAAAAAAAUCGAAUGUCCACCACAGUUAGCACAUUGGUUAGAACCUAUUGGUUAUUCAAUCCAAAAAUUAAAUCAAAUCAAUGCGGACAAGGCUGCAUAUUUCAGAAAUUAUAAGAAUAGAGUCUUGCUCAAUGGUGGUCAAGCAUUGUAUUUUGAAAAUAAAAGUAUAACCAUGUACCAGAGGAGAGUAAAAAGAUUCCAGCAGAUGGUACAAAACGACCUUCCCUAUGUGGUUCCCUUCUUCCCAGGCAGAGAUUUGCUUUCAACAUUGACCAAAUACCGGUUCUAA